GUAUGAGGUGUUUGUUUUAGGCGAGAGGGCGAGUGCGUACUGGGCAAAAGUAUUGAAUUUAAAACUAUAUUCUAAUGGCUCCGAAAUAAAUCUACCUUUUAAAGACACUCUUACAGAGGAAGUGAUGUAUUACUCUGGUAAAAGGCGAGGAGAAGAUGGAAUUGCUGCUGUAAUUGACUUCCUGUUGUCCAAUGCACGGCUGGUGCUGGGGGUCGGUGGAGCUGCGGUGCUGGGCAUUGCCACAUUAGCUGUGAAACGGCUGAUAGAGCGGGCCGGCAGACCUCCUGAUGAGGAACCUGACAAGAAGAUGACGGACAGCUGGGAGGAGUUGAGCCUGGUCAGCGCCUCUCCUAAACUGCUCCACAAGGGGAUUGAAGGAGUAGUCAUGAAACAGAUCGCUGCUGCCACCAAGAAAGCGGAGUUGUCCCAGCCCAUCCCGAUGCCCUCCUCAGAGCCACAGCGGUGUGAUGCAGAUCCUCCUCCUCCUCAAAGGCGGAAGCGGAUGGAUCUGUGUGUGUUGACGUUUGCAGAUCGUCUGCAGCAGUACUACAGGACUAGAGUGUGUCUGUCCGCAGAGGAGGUGUGUGUCGCGCAGCAGCGAGCGCUAGACAUCGCCACAGAGAUCCAGGCCUUCCUGCACUCCAAACACCCCGACAUGCCCCUGGGAGACAUGACUCUGGCCGGGUCGCUGCUCGAUGACCUGCAGGUGGUGACCGCUGACCAUGCGUGUCUGAUCGUGCCUCUACAGUUGGAGUCGAGUCUGUGGACUCCUAUUGCGGGCGAGGAUACAUUUUUGGGUCACCCUCAGUACUGCAUGGUGCGGCGGGAAAACCUUGAGUACUUUCCGAGGGGACGCAGCUACUGGGAUCGCCAUCUAUUGGGUGCAUAUUUGUCAUCGCGGCUUGUCUGUGAGCAACUCAGCAAAGCGGUGAUGGAAUCGAUGAACUGGCCUUCGCUGACCGGCACCCUGGAGUGCGAGGUGCGACCGGUGCUUGGGUCUCCAGAGCUCAAACUGGAGAUUCAAGGCUUAACCCAAAGCAGUCACGACAGCGGAGAACGCUUCUAUAUCACAGUGUUGCCAACAGUGCGCCUUGGCCAAAUGACGCUAAUGGCGCAGAGAGAGAUCACCGGCUCGUUCGAUUACGUGUGGUACCAGAGCCUAUACAGCAGUGAAACAGCUAGGCUAGCAGCGCUUGACCAAGCAGACUCAGGAGCCAGAAGAAAGUGCCUGAAAACACUAAAGGCGGUGUGUCGCAACUGUCCUGCGCUGCGCAAGCUAAACGGAAGCCAUAUUAGCAAUGUCGUCCUGCACAUGAGUGAAAAGGAAACAGACUGGUCAGAAUCUGCGUUCUCCAACAGGUUUCUGCAGGCGAUAACUGAGCUAAUCGGAUACCUGGAGACUGGCGUCUUGCCUAGCUACUUCAAAGCUAACGUCAAUCUGUUUCAGGGUUUUACAGAGGACGACAUUGAUGAAAUGGGCUUCAUGCUGUACUGUGCUGUAACUGAACCUGAGAUUCUACUGAUUUAA